GGUCCAGGAAGUUCCCGGAAGACUCGUUUCACUUUCGCUGCCGCGUCCCGCUAGUUCUGCGCUGCGCCCACUUCCCGUCUUCCGGCCCUAGCCCGCGGACACGGCGGUCCCUUCCUGACCAUGGAGAUCCUCAAGAACAGGGUGGUGAACAAACAGGACAAGGUGACCCCGAUCGAGCUCGAACGGCUGAAGUUUUUCCCUGAAGGCCUGCGCGGAGGAGCCCGGAGACUUGGAGCUUGUGGCGAGCACAGCCUCCGUGCUCAUGAAGAUAGGCAAUGACAUAGAUGCGCGUCUUGAGUCUCAGCUCUACUUGCUGAGGUCCCUGCAAGAAGGUGGUGUAUUACAAAACAUCGUGUUGGACAUACUGUGUUGGUGUGGAUGGAUUCCUCGCAAUUAUCAGCAUCAGAUAUUGCAGAGAGGUAAAAAAGGUGGUCCAUUUUCCCUGAAAAUACUGAGCGUUUUGACAAUGACUUUGAAGAGACAGUAUGAAAAUGAUGGCCCUAAAAUGGAACGCUAUAACAUGGAACAAACUCGUAAGGCUUUUGUGAUGUGUGUGAAGACAGGCAGACCAGGGGCUGAGCAGGAUAUGAAGAGAAUGAGAAACUGGCUUAAAGCGUGCAAGUUUGAAUGUACAUCUUGCAUCAAUCCUGAUGAAAAGGGGUUAAUGGAGAAAUUACGAGAGUUUCGAGAUGGAAUAAAUAAAAGAAAAGAUGAUGUGAGCUGCUGCCUUGUUACUCUCAUGGCCCAUGGAGGAAAAGGCGUUAUAAAAACAGUACUGGAUGAAAGAAUCAACUUAUCAGACAUCUUUGAAAUGUUCAACAAUAAAAACUGUCCAGCACUUCAAAAGAAACCAAAAAUCUUUAUAAUCCAGGCUUGUAGAGGAGGUAAGUAGAAGGAAAAAGAACACCUCAGCAGUGGCAGGGAAUUCUUAGGCUUCACUGUAAGUAUUUUCUUCUUCUCUUUAGGAAAUCCUGACUCUGAUUUUCAUCCCAGAAAGAAUUUCCUUUCUCUACUGCUUCUCCUUAUCUUACAAGAAGAAAUACUCAUUAGCUGCCCCUUGACAUCCAUAAAGAUGCCAAAUUUUGUAUAUUUCCAGCCGGAAGGAUCCAUAAUGUUAGCAUCCUACAAGUUAGAGUAUCUUAGGUCCUUUUAAGCAAGUAGAUUCAAGAUCUUAUUAUUUAUAAAUCCAAGGUUUUGCGGUUUUUCCACUGUGAUAUUCCCUCUUCUACUUUUUUAUGGGUGUUUCCCUGUGGCCCUCUCUUCCUCACUCAUUUUGGGAUAAGUUUCUGUCAUUUCUCAGGGCCCAGUGAAAUGCAUUUGAAUAG